AGAACUCGCCUCACUCGCCAUCCAUGGGUGGAUGUUGAAGUUUACGAGUCGCUUACAAGGAUACCACGUCACGUACGGAUACGUGUUGAACCAUGUGGCAACGGACAUCACCCGCGCCAUGUGGUUUGGAGAGGGUUGGUGCACGCGCAUCAGCCCCGCUUGGAGAGGGCUGUCUGCCACAUCGCAUCGGAGAUGGACAUGAGGCUCCCCAUUUGGUUUGUCGGCGAGAACAUCGAGGAUAUGCACGAGGACGACGAGCUGGCAUCCUACCAAGAGACGAGCCUGCAGCGGCUGGUGGGGGCUUUCACGAAGCCAUCAGUCUGGCGAAGGGGAUCGACGAUGGGCGCAUCUCCUACGAGAGGCUGAAGAAUGACGCAAAGGCUAUGAGGCUUUUACUUGCGACGACGAUGUGGCUCAUGUGGAUGAGUAGGGAUGAUCUGUGUUCCCAUUUCGACGCGUCCUUGUUCGUCGAGCUCACCGCGAAGCCGACACUAGCGGUGUCCAUGCAUGGUUCGUUCGAUGCUCGUUGCCACAUUCUUCAAGCAACCAUUGUCGUCACGGAGAGGAUGGGCAAGCCCGCGAUGAUGUUGGCGGAGCUGCCUCUCUACAUCUCCGACUGCGCAUCCUGCAUCAUCACAUUCGAACAUGACGCCACUCUGCUAUCACCCAUGAACGUGGAAAGGCUGGACUGGUUGGGGACAGGCCCCUCGAGGACGAAGAAGAUGAACCUGCCGCACCGGACAGCGCUGGAGGGGGGUUAGGCAUGUGAAGCUGACGUGGCAAGACGAUGACGAUGGGUGGUUACUUGUGCCUCAACGUUUGUCAUGCAUAGUUUCCAUGGGUGUUUCAUGUGCAUCUGUCGGUUUCGCUCAGUCUUCGUGUUGGUGGGCCAUGCUUUCCUUUGAUUCAUCACUCCCUUUAUUGCUUUUGUUCAGGUUUGUUUCGUGUGUGUCGAUAAAGAGGACGUCGUUGUUUGUCUGUCACAACAGAUAGUUGAGAUGCAUUGGCCGAUGAUUUCGUGUGUAUGUAGGAGAACACCCUCAAUCGUUCACACAAGCCGACCCGCAAACAGACACGAACACACGCACGCGCAACACGAAAUCACGCAUGCACUUUCCCACGAUAUGGCCACGCACAAGCAAACACGAAUGCGCACGUGCAUGCUUGGGAAUCCGCUCCGCGCGCAACAAAAUGUUAUAACACAG